GGACAUUACUUUUCGGUGUCAUGGCUUCCAAAGCGAAAACAUAUCGUCUAGAAUCUGAAAUCGACAAAUGUCGAGUCGAAUGCAAUUGGAAGAAAGCGCUUGAGUUAGCAAAACAAGGAGCAUUAAAAUCUACAGAUCUUGGUAUAUAAAAUUACACAAUCAUAUAAGUUAUUCAAAGUAUAUUACUUGGGCUAGCAGAAUGAGAAAACUACUAAAGUUUACUACCACUCAACGAACAGGAAUUUUACUAUUUUAGUCUCCCAACCGUGCCUCCUGUUCCUAGUUAAUAAAUUAAAAACACGUCACACCAUUUUUUUUACGAUUUUUGACACGCCCCCGCUCCCCUCUAAACCACCACAAAAUUGUAACAAACUAUACUAGUAAUAUCACAAUAUAUUGUAUAAUCUCCUCCCCCACCCCCCACCCUUUUUUUUUUAGUUUUAAAAAUAGGAAAAAAGAAGCUUACGGUAGUUUAUGAAUGGCCCCAAUGUUCAGUUAGUUAGUCAGUUUCUUAGUCAGUAGUUAAGUCAGAGUAGACUAAUUUUAGCCUACUACAGCCCUUCCAAAACUUAAACUUCAAAGUAUGGUUGACAAGUUUCAAAUUCGCACCUGUACCGAAUACAUUAGGUCAUUAGGUACCUUGGUAAUAAAACUCUCUCCUCCCAAAAAAUUAUGCAAAAUUUACAUUUGUAUAGAAGAAACAUCAAAUAAAUAAACUGAAAUCGGAAUCAUUUACCUAAUUUUAGUACUUUUUUGAGCUAUGAAUUUUUAAUUUGUGAUUUUGAGUUGGUUUGUCAUGUUUUGCUAUGGACUGCAUCUCGUCGAAUCUCAACAUUUUUUGACUCAGAUACUAGACAAAGAGAGAUAGCUCUUAAAGUACAUGCACCCUAAUGUUAUAAUAUAAAAAUAAUUGUUUGAAUGUGUAGUGAGUAGUGAUAUUGAAAGGUAGAACUUCAAGUAUAAGUUUUAAAAUAAAUUUUGGUUACACAACACACACCCAAACACAGUUUCAGGUCUUUUAUUAGACUCAGUGCGGAUAUUUUUCUGGCGACACUGAAAACAUUGUUUUUUGCGCCCUGGGAGCCGAAUCCUGCGAUGCUCCACAGAAGUUCCAGGAACAGCCAAACCCCCGGCAGCAGGGACCUCCACCUGCCUUCUUUUCCUUGAAGAGCCUUUCAUUAGGCUACGGGCAAUGUCCAUAUGAAAAUGGAAAUGGGAAACUGGCUUUGAUGUCGGGGGGCGUGGCAUGUUUUUGUACAAGAUGUAUGCAUUCAGCGCCGCCACCUCAAUUAGAAACCAUAAGCAGCAUCUCCACCACUUGUGACUUUUUCUGCCAAUAGGGUAGUAUGAUCUCAGCUGAUCAUGUCUGUCCACACCACCCAUAUUGGCAUUGUAGAUCAAAACAGACUGGGGGAUCUGUUUAUCAACAGGGCCUUCUUUUGUCCGGCGUGAUGCAGUGUCCAUUGUAGGUGAGGCGUUGGUUGAGAGCAUGGAGAUGGCACGUUUGUCCCUCCACCAACAUGCAACCAAACUCCCUAUCUGCCUCAUUUGGCACUGAUUUUUAUUUAAUUUUCCUUUGAGGUCUUUGGGCCAGUGUCUCCUGUUCUGUCGUGUCGUUGCACAUGAAUAUGUGCUGCUGGAUAGCAGGUCCUGUGCUAAUUUCACGGACGAAAAAUAAUUAUCAAAAUAAAAAUGGUGGUUUUUAUGAAGAUAUGGCUGUCCUAAUUUUUGAAUGACACUGUAACCCAGUCCAUUAGGCAUCACAGUGUCCGACUUUCCAGUGUAAAACUCAAAGUCUAAAAGGAAUGAUGUUGCCGAGUCGCAGCAGCACCACACUUUGACACCCCAUGGGUGGGGCUUUCCUUUUAUAUACUGUUUGAACGAGAGACGAUCCCUGAAAGGUAUCAUAGCUGUGUAGCUCGCGUGUUUCUCAAUGUAUUUCGUUCCGGUAAAAAGGAAGAGGAAGUAGAGCUUUUCUACUUUCCAACUAUAGCUUGUUUACCAUUUUAAACCAAACUUUUAUGGUCCAAUACAUUGUUUAUUUGCUAUGUGUAUAGAGCCGGCGAUGGCGGGCUACAGCGGGCGAUACGGUAUAAAACGCUAUCGGGCGAUGGCGGGGGAUACGGGAAGUUACUGGUUAAGUUAAUUUGGUGCAAUUGUUUGUGGUAGUUACAGAAUUAAACAUUCAUAUCUGCAUCAAUAUCAAUCUAAAACUAUUGAUGGUACCAGAUGUUUAAAAUGAACCCCCUCUUCACAAUGUUGCCAAAAGCUACUAUUACUAAUGAUAUAGCUUUUGAUUUUUAUUAUUAUUAAAACAGGCUGUUCUCCAAUCAGUGUCGUAAAAACAUUAUAAGAAGAAAGAAGUCAAUGAAAACAAACACUGUUAUUUAAGUAAAUUUUAUUAGAAAAAAACUUGAACUAUUAAAACUCUGUCUCUAAACUUGAAGUCUUUAAAUUAAGGAAGUUUUAAAGCCUUACCCUAAUGAGGAAAGUUCAUCUUCCAAUCUAUAAUUUGAUUCCAUACUAGUAUUAAUUAAAGAAAAAAUGUGUUUUAGUGGGAAGGUUUAGUAAUUUUAUGCAUUAUGUUCUUUUCUCCAGCUUCAGUUGUUAAUCUCCUUCAAUCUGAAGCAACUCUUGAAGAAUACAUUGAAAUACAUGAUCCAACAAAUGAAGAAAAUGUUCUCACUGCAAGACAAGCAUUAUGUGAAGCUAAUGAAAUGCUACGACAGAUUGCCAGUAGCAGUUCACAGGCAUGCAUUUAUUAAGUAACCUACUAUUGUGAAAUUAGUUUACAAUUAUCUCUAUUUUUUUAAAUACCCGGGAAAUGUUUAUCAAAUUUAAUUAUUUUCAUACAUUUGUUAUUGAUAAAUACAACUAUCACAGAAUUUAAAAUAUUUUUCACAUGUAAUUAUUUUCAUAAAUUUUUAUUGAUAAAUACAACUAUCACAGAAUUUAAAUUAAUUCACCAAAACUGGAUACAAAAUAAGGAACAAAGCAUAUCACUUGACAUAUAUUUCACAUGUGAUACAAGUUGUGUUAUAAAUAAUAAAAACAAUGAAUAUUAUUUACUUUCUUUUAUGAAAGUUCAAGGAACAGGCAUUAUUACUGCUAGCAAAACUUCAGUUUUGUCAAGGGUUCUACCAAGUUUGCUUAACCACACUGGAACCAGUGGAUUUGACUGCCAUAGCAUUGCGGGAGAGUGAAGGGAAUUCUUUCAAAAAUACAAGAAUGUUGUACAUGGUGGCUGAAUCAUUUGCCAUUAAAGGUAGUAAUUUUACACAAUCACUGUGACAUGUUUUAUUUUAUGUGGGAUAGUUUUCUGCAGAAUAUUUUUAGUAAUUUAGAGUUAAAAUUAUGUAAUGUGUAUGUAUCACUUUAGAAGUUCCACUUUGAAAUAAUAUCUAUGGAAAAAGUAAUACUCAUUUUUUUUGCUUCGUCUCUCAGACCUCACAUAAAUCAGCAGCUUAACCUCGUGUAAUAAAUUAUUGUACAGCUACUUCCAAUUUGAAUUCAUUGUUUGUACGUAGGAACAUUCCAUGGUAACACAAUUUUGUAUUGGCUUAGUAGCAAUGCUUCCCAAACUUUUCUUGUUGAUAACACACUUUUUAGACUAGCACUGAAAACUCGCUUUAAUGUGAUAAUUUGGGUCCUAAUCUCUUGUGGUUAAUUGGUUAGUGAGCUGUGUGGGGUAGAAGUUGGACUAGUUUAAUUGUGUUGUUUGAGAAUAUAGGUUUUUUAAAACUCUCUUUUCAAAAAAUUGAAAAAAGAAAAUGCCUUUGAGAAUGAAUAAAGGAAAUAAGGGGAGACAAGUCUUGACUGCGUUAUAUCGGAAUUUGGGUUAUAGCAGGGUUUCAUUGUACAUACUUGCACGACACUUUUCAUCUUCAUAAUUAUACCAGUGGUUAAACUAAUCCUUUUUUAAAGACAUUAGGACACAAUUAUACUAAACAAAUAUAUGCAGUGGAUAAAUGAUAAACCAAACAAGAUAAUAGACUGCACAUGAACGGGCAAACCAAUUUUUGAAUAACAAAACUGGUAGAAUAAUGUCAGUCCUAUAACUGAAUAAAUUUGAUAAUUAAAAGGAUAAACUGGAGAUACAGCUUAUCCUUGUAGGAGCUGCACUGAUCACCUCCUUUAAUGUCUAAAAAAGUGCGUGAAUGUUGGCAUGACUCAUUCUCAUAGGACACAGAUGCACCCUGAAAGUGACACACUAAUGUGCCAUGAUGCACAUCUUGGAAAGCACCAACUUGGAGUAUUAAGCAUUAGAUAACAUUUUAUAAUAAUUCACAAUUUUUCCAGGAAAAUGCUUGGAAAAAACCAAGUCAUCUUUGAAGACAAAAUUUAAGCUUUCUGAAAGAGAUGAUGAGAUUAUCACUUGCUAUGAGAUAGCUGGAGACUUGGCUUUCUUGUGUUUACAGCAGAGAGACAAAAGACCAAACACUCCACAGUCCAUGUCACCAUCUUCAGACUCCAAUAACUUUAUUGUUACAUCUCUAAUUGAAAUGGCCAUUAAACAGGUUCCUGCCAUGCACUUGAAGAGAGGGUAUGUUAGACCCAGCGGAGGUCGCUUUAAACAACAAUGUAUUCACAGCCUAAAAACAACUUUAUGUUUGUUCUAACAUCUUUAAACAGUUUUUAAAAAAUAUGUUGACUUAAUUUAUUCAUUAAAUAUAUCACCUUUAUAAGAAGUAGUUAAAGUUUCUUUUUUUAUUUAAAAGCUCAGAGACAAAUUGUUAUUAAUAAUAUUUAGGCUUUACCGUCUAAUGUAAUGUUGGAUUUUAAAAAGUUGUUGCCGUAACCAUAAUUUAAAACAUAUCUCUUGAAUCAGAGAUGAGGUAAAGUGCAUAAACAGAUACAGAGAGAUGCUGCGUGCUGUCGAGUCAAGAUUCGCCCAUGAUAUUAGGAAGGUGAGUAAACUGCUGAGAUGUAACCUGUUUGGCUGUUUCAACUUUAUUUAGUAACAAGAAAUGUACCGCCAAACAGUGGCAGAGGCAGUGCGUUAGCUUACAAUCUACAAAACAUUAAUUCAAGUAACGCACAUUAUAAGAAUCCCAAUUAGGGCUAGCGUCUAGGAAAUUAAUUUUGUGCCCCUAUUGAAUACCAUGUUACAGCCAUACAUACUAGACUAGUUAAUUAUUCUUUUUGAUAGCAAGUGUUGUAUUAUCUCUAAUUGGUGAAAUUAAUGCUACAUCUUAAUUGGUAAUUUUCUCCAAAAUUACGAGAUAUUAGCAUAGGUAAAGGAUCAACCAUUAUGGUAACACAGGGAGGCAACGUAAUGAAUUUAUUUGCCUGACAAGAAUGGAUAAUUAUUUUUAUAAGAAUUAUAUUAUUAAUUCAGUAUUUUGUGAAAGCAUUUUCUAUUCUGAAAGGUUUAUUUUAGGCAACGUUCGCUCCUUUUUAUUUGAAUCAGUUUAAACAAUAGAUAUUUAAUUUAGAAAAAAAUAAUAUUUUGCCAUUAUUUCUUUGCAGACACUUGCUUUGGAAUUGGCGCAAUUACUUCUUCGAUCCUGCAGCAACUCUUCUUACAAACCCAUUGAUCUGUUAGCACGUGGUCUCAAUUUAAAAGCACCCAAACCCUGUGUUUAUUCAUCCGAAAAGUAUGAGAUUUUCAGCUAAAGUAUUAAAGUUUUAAAAAUAUGUUGAUAAUCAUUUGUAAGUAAAAAAUAUAUUUGAUGAUUAGGUUCAAAUAUUUCACUUUGUUUCCAUUUCAGAUUAUUUAUACCAAAAACUCUUGAUGAGGAAGUGCUUUUAUUAUUGUUGAUAGCGGAAGCUGUGGUAAGCUGACAUUUAACCAUUUAAAAAAUAAAUUUUCAUAUUUAUUAAAGACUAGUAAUUAUUACCAUUGUAGCACUGUAUACACUAUAUAGAAUAAAAUCAUUUUUUUAAAAAAAAGGAAUAAUUCAUCUGCCUCACCUUUAAGUUAGGAAUUUAAUAGUUUUAUACAUUUUAAUUAAAAUUUUGUUCAGGCGACAAGAGAAGCUGUUUUAGAGAGAAAUGAAGAGACACAUGAGUUGACAUUAACAAACAUAACUGCCAUCUAUGACCUCCUAGCACUUGUACUGGUGAAACGAGCUCAAUUUGGACGUCUGACCGAGGUGAGAACAUGGAUUAACUGAACAUGCUUUAACUGAACACGCUUUAACUGAACAUCGUUACAUUUUUACUUGCAACAAAAAGAUUUACUAUGAGUCUGCAAUAGGUGUUACAAAUAUUAAACAAAUUCCUCUUUUCAUUUCAGUCAUUUGAAAAAGCCAUGAGGUUUUCUUUUCAAGAAUUUCACAUCUGGUACCAGUUUGCCAACUCACUUAUUUCUUCUUCAAAGGUAAACAAAGGGAUUUUAAUACAAACAGAAUCUUUUCAAUCAUGUUUUUUCCCCCCAUUUCAGGUUCAAAAUAUAUUGAUGUCCGCAUAAUAUUUAUUUCACUAUUACUGUAUAAAAAUGUUGUUGGUGGAAAUUUCAUUUGUUAUGUUGCUUGCAGUAUGCCCAAGCUCUUCCUGUGUUGACAGAGUGCCAUCGGCUAGCCCCACAAAACUGGUGUGUUUGUUUACAAGCGGCUCAGUUGUGCUAUGAACAUCUUCAGCUCAACCAGCAAGGUGUGGAAUGGUCCCAGACUGCUAUAAAAUGCAAAGUACCAAAACACCAAUCGGCAAGGGCCCACAUGGCAUUAGGGAUCGGCUUGUGUUUGGUAGCUAAAGAUUCAAGGCUGAAUGCUGAAAGACAGAAACUCAACCAGCAGGCUCUGGAUGCUUUUAUAUUGUAGGUUUUUUUAUUAAAAAAUAGGAACAUUAUAUUUUAGACUGUUAAGAACAGUUUUAAAUUUAUAUAAAAAAUCUAUUCAAAAGCCUUUUCAAAAGAUGAUUUAAAUUUUUAUCCAACUGAAUUCUUCAAUAAAAAUUAGUUGAUAGCCUUAUUGGCUCUGAAUUUUUUUGAAAAUUUCAGGGCUCAUGAACUGGAUCCACAAGAUUAUCUCGCAGCUUUUCACUUAGCUUUACAGUAUGCCAAUCUAAGAAAGGUAAAGACCCAUAGAGCUUUAUUAAGACUUGAAAACCUUGAAUAAAUGGACAUAACGAACAAUAUUAUCAUAUAAUGGCAUUUUAUUAUUAAUAUUUUCAAUUUAUAAGAAUGAAUACAUUUGUUUUCAGAUAAAUAUUGCCAUUGACUAUACCAAGAAGUCCCUUGAGUUGCGAAGUGAUUUUAUCCAUUCACUUCAUCUACUCACUCUCCUCUUGUCUGCCCGUAAACAACAUGAAGAGGCCAUGACACUCAUACAGGCAGCAUUAGAAGAAUAUCCUGAUAACUUAAGGUUGGUAUUUAUGCAAUAGUGCCCAAAGAGGAAAUAUCAUAAAAACACAAUGACAAUGGAACACAAUUUCUAUAAAAGAUUUUAAAAUAAUUAAUUUUGAUGAUGUAUUUUGAAAUAAUUUUUGAACAAUUAAAAUUGAUCUUGUGAUUAAAAUCAAUACACCAAUAACCAUAGUAGAUGUCUAGUUAGACAUUUACAAAUAACAUUUUUUGGAUGACUAUUGAAUAACAGUUUAAAAUAGCAUGUUGUCAAUUUACUGAUCCCUUUAAAAGCAUGUUGUCAAUUUACUGAUCCAUUUAAAAGCAUGUUGUCAAUUUACUGAUCCCUUUAAAUUUACAAUGUCAUUUUGCUUGAUAUUUAAAAUAAUAUAUUUGAAUAUAACUACUGAGUAAUGUUGAUUUCUUUUAGAGCUAUAGAUUGAUUCUAAGGCAAUGGCUGAUAUUAAUCUAGAGUUACCUCCAUUUAUGAAUUGAGAAACAUAAUGUGUAAAUUUGUUUUUGUUUCAGUCUGCUCAUGACCAAAGCAAAGUUAGAAAAGGUUGUCCUCGGUCCUGAAGAAGCUUUAAGUACAUACCAAAAGAUGUUAAGAAUUUGGAAAGAUAUGCAUGAACAGGAUGUAGCUGAUGAGUAAGUAGCAGCUUUGAGUUAAUUCUUGCUAUUUUACUAUGGAAUAUUCUGAAAUAAAGAUGAAAUAGGUAAACCCUUAUUUGGGGAAAAGGGGAGGGGGGAAAGAGGACAAUGCCUCACAAAAAAUAUUAUGUUGAAAUAUCAAUCCUAAAAGAAACCUUGGCUUUUUGAACAGGAGAUGAUGAGAUCAGCAUGAUGGGAAGUAAUUAAUAGACUUAACUAAAGCAAAGUAUUGAAUAAACUAACAUAAGUGAUUGUGGUAAACUGAAGAGAAUUAGUUAACUUUUUGCAUGAGGAAAGCCAACAUAGAAAUAAGCAAAAGUGAGAUUAUUGCUGAGCAACAUUUCAGCUGGCGAACAGCAGUGUAUGAAGGAGUAAGAAAGGCACAAGAUGCGCAAAACAACUCUCUUGAAAAAAAAAAAAAUACGAAAGGCCCAAUCAAAACCAGGAGUCAAAAUUCUCCUGCGCGAAAUGCAGCCGAGACUGCCAUUCUAGGAUCAGCCUAGUGAGCCAUUUGUUGAAGUGUACAUAGCUACUCCAUCAUCUCGUGAAGGCGGAAGGGUGCUAUAUAUAUAUAUAUAUAUAUAUAUAUAUACACACACAUUAAAAUUAUAGAAGGAUAUUAAAGAACUUAAGAUGAGAGAAUUGUAUAAUGUAAUUCCUGAGUGGAUGUUGUCCACCUGCGCGAGAUGCAGCCGAGACUGCCAUUCUAGGAUCAGCCUAGUGAGCCAUUUGUUGAAGUGUACAUAGAUACUCCAUCAUCUCGUGAAGGCGGAAGGGUGCUAUAUAUAUAUAUAUAUAUAUAUAUAUAUAUAUAUACACACAUUAAAAUUAUAGAAGGAUAUUAAAGAACUUAAGAUGAGAGAAUUGUAUAAUGUAAUUCCUGAGUGGAUGUUGUCCGCCCCAUUUGUGCACCGUGAUGUGCUCUCAUUUGCUCAUUCACAUAAAGUGUCAAUACAACUAAGCCUUGGUGGAUAUAUGGAGCCCAUCUGGAAUUAUUAUUAUGCAUUAUGCAACCCUACCUGUAUUUUACAUAGCAAUGUAGUUGUGUUGCCCCGGCUAGUUUGUAUAUUUACUUUAUUUGAGAGUAGGCUUGCAUCUUGUAAUUCAUUAUAUUUCAUGAUUAAUAAAUCACCAAAAUGAGAGGAAAAAUAAUUUUUUUUUAAAAUGUGCCUUUUGUUAAAAAUAUGCUUUUGUUCAUCAUCUGAAAAAUGAUUCACCUUUACUCAAUCUGUCCUAAAAGAAGCUGCUGCACCCCUGACUUCUAAAUCCAUUUAUAAUAUCCUUUUUACGACCAUGCAAACUCAUUGUUAAAAGACCAUGCAAACUCAUUCUUAAAAACGUACACACUCUGCUUUAAAUUUGGUCUAAAAUUUUGGCAUUUGUCCAUCUGGAUCAUUUUAAUGCAGUGCAUAUUCUACAUCCUAAUCCUGUGAAGCACAAGUAAUUUAAUAUCAGAAAGAAAACUAUAAAUGGCCCAUUUCAUUUGUUUGUUUCUCAGUGGUUCAGACAGCAAAUCUAAGGCAAGAGAUAAAAGCACCUGGGAUAAGAGAAGCCUUGCUCAAAUCACAUUAAAUGAAUUCAGUGAAAGAGGCUCAGGUAGAUGAUUUAAUUUCACCUGUAAUUUCUAAUCAAUUAAUCCAGAGCUUAGCAUUCAGUGAUAGAAUUAAAAAUGGUCCAAUUGACCAGUUAAAUUAGGUUCAAUGAACGUUUGUCACAUAUGGAUGAAAUGGCAUUAUCAUUUAUAACCUUACAGGGUAUUUGAAUAAUUAUUUUUAGAAAUGUUAGUUACAUACUAGAUGUUAGUUAAAGUAAAAGGCUAGAUGUUAGUUAAAACUAUUUUAAGUGUACUUACACCAUGUCGUUAUACAAUAAAACUAUUUUAAGUGUACUUACACCAUGUCGUUAUACAAUAAAACUAUUUUAAGUGUACUUACACUAUGCAGUUACAAAAUUCAUUUCCUUUAUUUUUCACAAUGCAGAGUAGUAGAAAACCUGAUUUUUAUUCAGCUCUCCUCAUUCAAAUCUUAUUACAUAUUUAUGAUGUGUAUGUAUGUUUGUAGGAUCCAUUCGAGCAGAAUCAUAUGCAGCAUCCAGAAUGGAAAAGGCCCUUUCUGAUUUGGCUUCCUCCAUGAACAGCAGCUUUCAGCCUCGUGUAGGGCCACAAAGGUCUUGGGUUAUUCAAGCGCAGAUUUGGCUCAACUUAGGUCAGGAAAAGGUCACAUUACAGUAAUUAUUUAUAUUUUACAUAAUAAAUUCUAGCAGGUCUAAACAAUAUUUUGGAACCAGACAAAAAGUUUUUAAAAAAUCUUAUUGUUCAUCAGCUCAAGAAGUUUGUCUCAGUGUGUAGGUGGUCUUAUGCAUAAAGAAUUUACUUGUGAUGUAUUUCAGCUGAACUGUAUCUGAGUUUGAACCAAGUCCAAGAAGCUCAAAGCUGUGUCCAAGAAACAUUCCAACUGUUCCCUCAUUCUGUCUAUGUGUUUUUCAUGGUGAGUAGUGCUACUUAAACUCUUUAUUUCAUUUUAGAAUAAGCAUUGAUGAAUUCAUUUUAGAACAUGCAUUGAUGAAUUCAUUUUAGAACAUGAAUUAAUUGAUUUAUUUUAGAACAUGAAUUAAUUAAUUUAUUUUAGAACAUUAAUUGAAGGAUUUAACUUGAUCAUGUAUCUGAUUUGAUCCAGGAGGAGCCAUUUUUGCAAUUUCUGUAAGAAACACAACCAGUAAUUUUUUUAAACAUGUUAUUUCCAAUGUUUCUAUGAGAUGCAAAGGAAAUGCCCUCGGAAUGAGCCAAUAUUUUGUUUGACCUUUCAGAAUGUCAUUUUUUGUUCCACAGAGAGGUCUGGUGUAUGAACACAAGGGUUGCCUUAGUGAAGCGAAAACCUGUUAUGAGAAUGCAGUUUCUGUUAAUCCCACUCAUACCAAAUCACUUUAUCAUUUAGUAAGUACAGUUAAAAAAUAUAUAUUUGUCACGUACCUGUCGGGAACCUAUGGCUUGCGAGCCAGAUGUGGCUCUAUUGAUGGCUGCAUCUGGCUCGCAUAAAAAAAAGUCGCAUUAAUGGUAAGAAAUACUCAUUGAUUAGCAACAGCAUAACAAUGUUAUUAAAAGGAAUUCAGAGACAUAAUUAUUGCAUUUUUAGUGUUGAAAUUACACAGAAUGCACACAUUUUGUUGAAUUUCUAGUUUGAAUCAUAAUGUAUGGCUCUCACAGAAUUACUUUUCAAAAUAUGUGGUGUCCAUGGCUCUCACAGACAAAAAGGUUCCCGACCCCUGUGUUAGAUAAUUAUCUUAAAAUAAAUGGAAGAUGGGAAAAGGCCUUAUUUCAAAUGGAUUCUCACACUUGGGUUUCUUUCGUCUUGUUAUAAAUGUGUCUGGUCAAGGCCUAUUCAGAUAAAGCCUUUAACUUUUUUUUUUCCCCAGGGAAUUGUUUUACACAAGCUUGGAGAUAAUAGACUGGCAGAGAAAACCUUGAGAGAUGCUGUCAAUUUGGAUCCAUGCUUCCAUAAGGCCUGGUGAGUUUUUACAGUUAAUGUCAUGUAUAUUUAAAAUGGACAUCUCUUACUAGAAAUUAGAAACAUGAACUGCUGUUAAUUAAAUACCUUUUAUUAUGGUUAUGGUGGACUAGCGGACUGGCUUGUACCGAUAACCAGCCAAGGAAACAGCGCGCAUGCGCAGAGAGACUGGACAGAGAGUGUGUGUGUUUAUGAACUGUGUUCCGGACGCAAGCAGAAAGUCAACCCCUGAUUGAGAACUUGUAUUUAUGUAUAUAUAUGUUCAUCUUACUUGUUUGAAAUAAAAACAAUGAAAACAUAACAAAAUGGUGCCCAGUGUAAUCAUAACAGUAUUGGUCAGUAUUAACUCAAUACAAAAGUCAGUACAACUCAGUACAACCAAGUGAUAGUUUGAUACGCACGAGUGACUACAAGGGACGUAGGAGGUAAAUACACAAUGGAGUCAAAUCUGACCCAAGCUGACAUUAUCCAGAAGCUCAUACAGCAGAACAAGCUACUUUUGAAACUAGCACAGGUAAUACGGCUACUAAUAUGAAGUUUACACAUUUCAAUAGUAACGAGGAAACGUUCACAGACUACUACGCUAGAUACGUUACCUUCGUGUUGGCAAAUAAUGUGCCAAAGGAAAGGCAGGCACACAUUUUUUUUAACAAUCCAGACGCCAGAGCUGCAAAAAAUGUUAUCAACCAUCAUACAACAAAAAGAACCACCACAAAAUUUAAAUGACUUGAACAUAGAAGAAAUAUAUAGAAUAAUGAUGGAUCAAUUUGAUCCCACCAAAUUUGUAAUCAGGGAAAGGUUCAAAUUUUGUUCUGAUUCUAGUAGAAAACCGGGGGAAACAAUCAAAGAAUUGGCAGCUAGGAUCAGACAGGAUGCAGCGACUUUUGAGUUUAGUAAUAUCAAAAAUCCACUAGAUGAAGCUUUACGAACAAGAUUCAUGUGAUCUGUAAAGAACAAGUCAGUAUUGAAAAUUUUCUUUCGGAUGAAGGACACUGAACUGUCAUUCAACAAGGCAGUUGAAAUAGCUGUUGAAACAGAGGAGGCAGCGAAAUGUGCCAAAGAAACAGUCCUUGAAGAAACUCCUAUCAAUAAAAUUCAGUCACAAAGAAAGAAGCAACAUCAGAUAGCAGAGAAAUUUUCUCCAUCUCAAAGACAGGAUUUUCCGAGUGGAACUUGUGGCAGGUGUAGAGUAAGAGGCCAUAAAGGAAAUGUCUGCAGGCACAAAGACGUGACCUGCCGCUUUUGCCACAAGAGAGGACAUCUAGAAAGAGUUUGUCUACAUAAGAAAGAGAAUGCUCCAAAACAGAAACCGAUUCAUCUCAAAAGAAUAAGAAAGCAAAGCCAAAUAAAAACUAUCCCGCCCAUUAUUUUUUUAUGCUCGAACAUUUGUCUGCGAACCAGAUGCAGCCAUCAAGAGAGCCACAUCUGGCUCGCAAGCCAUAGGUUCAAGAACUCAUUUUAGAAGGAAAGAGGUUUGCAUUUGAAAUUGACACUGGAGCUGGAGAAAAUUUUAUGUCUGAAUCUGUUUGGCGAAAGCUGGGACAACCCACAUUGUGCCCAGUAGCGGUCAAGUACGAGUUAGCGUCUGGUGAGCUACUUAAUGUUUUGGGAAGUGUGCAGAUAAAUGCUGAGGCAGGGGAAAUAACUACAAAUUUGUAAUAGUGAAAAACCACAACUUAAAUUUGUUGGGAAGAGCCGCAAUAAAGAACCUCAGGAUUUCAAUAGACACACUGUUUCAAACAAGGACAAAUCACAUUGCUAAUCAAAACUCAUUGAGUAAAGCAGGUGAACAAAUCUGUAAGUCAACUGAACAUUGCAAUGCGGAUGCUCUUAGUCGUCUACCCUCAGGGCCUGAUGACAAUUUUGAUGUUGAAGAAAGUGAAGCAGACAUGGAUUCUGUAUGCAUGAUCAAACAAAUCAGUUUACAGAUUGGACCAACAGACCCAGGAGUCCUUGCUUAAGAGUCACUUAAAGAUUCUACUGUGUUUACAGUAAUGAGAUAUUUGCCAAGAGGGCUGGCCGUCCUCUACAAACAAAGGACACCUGAACAAGGAGGAAGCUAAUAUAGCAGCUUUUAAAACUAUUCAAGACUCACUCUCCGUGGAGUCGAAUUGUCUAUUUUAUGGUUCAAGAAUUGUGGUACCAAAAAUACUACAAGCUCAAGUUCUCCAAAUCCUGCAAACAGGACAUUUUGGAAUAGAGCGGAUGAAAAAGUUAGCAAGAUCAUCUGUAUAUUGGCCCGGACUUGAUACUCAAAUCAUGGAGAUAGGUCGAACAUGCCAAGCAUGUGCAGAAUACGCCAGAGACCCAAACAAAGCAAGUAUCCACCCUUGGAUGUUGCCAGAAAAAACAUGGAGUCGAGUGCAUAUCGACCAUGCCAUUAACUUUAAGGGAUCACAUUGGCUGGUAAUGAUAGAUGCUUAUUCAAAGUACCCGUGUAUCCACAGGACAACAUCUACAUAGACCAAAGCCACCAUUGAUCUUCUGGAGGAAGAUUUUGCUCAUUUCGGCUACCCACACACCAUAGUCAGUGACAAUGCUACUAGCUUCAUCUCGGAAGAAUUUCAGCACUGGUGUAAGGAGAGGGGUAUUGUACAUCUUGCAGGCGCUCCCUACUAUCCUGCUGCGAAUGGAGCGGCCAAACGACUGAUUCAAAGUUUCAAGAGUUCACUAGAGAAAUCCUCAUUACCUUUAAAGGAAUCUCUACAAGACUUUCUGCAUCAGUAUCGUAGGACACCAUUGGCAAGUGGAUUAUCACCUAGCCAACUGCUGAACAAUCGGCAAAUAACAACACUUAUUGAUACUCUAGUUCCCUCACCUGCUCAUCGAGCACAGGGACAGCAUCUUAAAGAAAUAGCCGUCCGCAAUGGGACAAACAGAAGUCCUAGUCGAUCAUUUAACCGGGGAGAUCCAUGUUACGUCAGAGUAUAUGGAACAGCAACAGACUCUAAACCACGAUGGGCUCCCAGUACAAUCAUCCAAGUUAUGGGUCCACGUCUUUUCAAGGUGAAGAUUUAUCCGAAUGGUCCCACAUGGAAGAGACAUUUAGACCAACUUCGCCUCAGGUACGGAGCAGAAGAAGAUUCAGAACCAAGUUUGGAUAUAAUGACAGGAAGUCUUUAUCCAACAGCCCUGAGUCAUCAAUCGUCUACACAUCCAGCAACUCCAAGUCCACCUAAGAAGAAGAUUAACCCUUGGCAUCCAAGACCUUCAGACUAUGUCAUACCCAGAAGAUCAAAGACAACGUCGAGCGCCAUUGUUACUGGACUUGUAGUUGUUCGGGGAGGUGUUAUGGUGGACUAGCGGACUGGCUUGUACCGAUAGCCAGCCAAGGAAACAGUGUGCAUGCGCAGAGAGACUGGACAGAGAGUGUGUGUGUUUAUGAACUGUGUUCCGGACGCAAGCAGAAAGCCAACCCCUGAUUGAGAACUUGUAUUUAUGUAUAUAUAUGUUCAUCUUACUUGUUUGAAAUAAAAACAAUGAAAACAUAACAAUUAUUUUGUCCAUUGUUCAAAUAUAUAAAAUGAUUGUCUAAAUAUUAUGCACAUAAUGAACUUCUUUAAUUGACAAUUUUAUCCGUGGUACCUAGUCCUAAUGACUAUUUUAUCAGUGGUACCUAGUCCUAAUGACUAUUUUAUCUGUUGUAAUAAGUCUGACUCUUCUCAGUUGCACCUACUCCUACUAAAAAUUUUGUGUUGUACCUUAUCUUACCCCUUGUUUAUCUCAUGUGCCUACUCAAGACUAUCUUCUGUUGUACCUAUUCCUCCUUACUAUUCUAAAUGUUGUACCUACUCAAGACUAUUCUAUCCGUUGGAACAGGUUUGUACUGGGCACAGUGCUAGAGGCAACCUGUCAACCAGAGGACGCCAGUCACUGCCACCUGAUGGGCACUAACCUCGAGUCCACUUGCCCUGUUGCCCCAUUCAAUGUCAUCCAGAGGGUCAUGACGUAAGGUUGCCAGGAAACAUCCGUUUAGUCCAUUCUUCGCCAACCUGGGAGCUAAUAUCCACUUCAGCGUCAGGUUUUGUCAGCCAUGUACUUGUUAUGGAAGGUAUCGCCCGGUGUUGUAGAAGCUUUGUUGUUCAACUUGAAUGGGAGCUGUGUUCGUAGUCAUUUCAGGGGUGUGUUUAUCCAAGCUAAACUCUCACUGAAUAAAAUAAACAACUGUUGAUCAACAUAUUAUCUUUCCUUGACUUUUGAUCAACAAAUUAUUUUUCCUUGAACUCAAUGGGAAUGUUUGAUUUACAAAGUUACCCAUGAGAAUGUCAUAGAAUUAAAAGCCUAGUUGUGUGAGAAUGUCAUAGGAUUGAAAGCCUAGUUGUGUGAGAAUGUCAUUGGAUUGAAAGUCUAGUUGUUUGAGAAUGGCAUAGGAUUGAAAACCUAGAUGUUUGAGAAUGGCCUAGGAUUGAAAACCUAGUUGUUUGAGAACGUCAUAGGAUUGAAAGCCUAGUCAUUUGAACUUUUAUUAAAAUGUUUAAAUUCAGGUGACAUCACAACUAGAGGGUACAUUUACUGGACAAUAUUUGCAGUCUUAGAAUUUAUUUUAAAAAAACAAGACAAUUGUUUGGGAAAAGUCAUUGAGGGAUCUGAACAGAUCCAAACAUUUCCAUGUAAUCACUUCAUUACUCACUUGUACAGAAAUGACACAUUUUAAAAUAAAUACUCAAACUCAAUACCUAGAUUAAAAAGGAAUUGAUAGUCUUGAUAGAAAUGCUGUUUGAGUUUAAAUGUAUUCUUGGUCUGCUUGUAGUUCAUGUAUCAUAACUUAUCAACUAUGCACAAUUCAACCCAUGCAAAUGGAUGCCAUUUUAAACCCAUUAUCUUGUCAAUACUUUGACAUUUUAAAAUGGAAAUGAUCAAAGACCUUUUUUUUUUUUUAACUCUAAAACCUUUUCAAACACAGCCAGUAGCUACACCAUGAAAUGUCUAUAAAUGACACUGGCUGUCCUUUUACAAGUUUUAGAGCUGAAACAUUUCAGUAGUGAAAAUAUUAAAUGCAAAUGGAUGCCAUUUUAAACCCAUUAUCUUGUCAAUAUUUUGACAUUUUUAAAUGGAAAUGAUCAAAGACCUUUUUUUUUUUUUAACUCUAAAACCUGUUCAAACACAGCCAGUAGCUACACCAUGAAAUGUCUAUAAAUGACACUGGCUGUCCUUUUACAAGUUUUAGAGCUGAACCAUUUCUGUAGUGAAAAUAGUAACAUUUUUGUGUUAAGUAAAGUGAAUUUAAAUGUAUUUGUCCUUGGUGUGACACUUCCAGUAUAUACUUAAGUGAUUUCAAACAAAAUAUUUCAUAAAUGGUAUUAUUGACAUCGAAAUAUUAGUUAUAAAAAAAAGUGUA